CCGGAUUCUCAAAUACAUUACACUAUUUAGAGAUAGUAAACAAAAUCAAUCAUCAGUAAAAUGUCACAAUUUAAGGUAAAUUCUGAUGGAAUAGAAGCUACAGUAUCAUUUAUAGACAAGUGUGUGACCAUUUCACAAGGAGAUAUCGAAACUAAGAUACAAUAUGCAGAUAUUAUUGAUAUGGAUGACCCAUCGACGCGGGAAAGUGACGAGCAGACGUCAGAUGCAAACUUAUAUUACAUCAGACCAACAGGAGGCUUUAACACAUUGGAAAUGAAAACUUUACAGAUCAGUGCUGCAAGUGCAGACAUCAAACAGAUGCAAUCUGAAAUAAAACGAAAUCUUAGUGAAGUGAAAGAAAGACCAAACUCAGUGGUUAUUUUCCUAAAUCCUAUUGGAGGUUCUGGUAAUUCGGAGUCAAUUUUUACAAAAGACGUCGAACCUAUAUUGAAACUUGCCAGCAUUAAAUACGAACUUAUAGUUUCUGCGACACCAAACCAUGCAAAAGAAUUGUCAGCUUCAUUUGACUUCAGCAAAUAUGAUGUGUUGGUUAUUAUGGGAGGGGAUGGAACAUUGAACGACUUGGUAAAUGGUCUGUUACUAAAGAAACAAGCUGCCGGAAAUAUUGAUGUUAAUGAUCGUAACGCUGCUUUAAAUCAACUUGACAUCCCGAUAUCUUUUAUACCAGCAGGUACUGGUAAUGGAAUGGCCAACGUAGCGUAUGGUUGUGUCGAUGUCGUUACGUCAACUCUACAUUUAGUUAAAGGUGGUAUAAAAGAUUAUCCAGUAUUUGGUAAUUUUUGUGAGGACAAACUGGUGGGAUACUCCUUUAUGCUGGCAGCAUAUGGAUUGUUUGCAGAUCUGAUUCAUUCGGUGGAUUCACAACGAUGGUUGAAAAAACUAAGAUAUUUAGUUGUGCCAAUCUGGUUUUUCCUUUUCAAGGGAUUGAGGAGUUUUGAUGCCGAGGUGACUUUCGAAUAUACACAAAAAGAAAAGGAGGACAAACAAAAAUUAUCAAAUCCAGACCAAGCUGUUGAAACAGAAACCGAACAAAUGACAUUGAUGAAUGUUAUGGCAUUAAUAGAUAAAAUUGCAUUUGGUGUCGACGAUGGGCUGAGUGAUGACGAAUCAAACAAACUAGAAUUCGGUAAAGAAUUUGGAUUAAUGAUUUAUAAACCUGCAGGACGAUUUGCAAUGAUAAAACAUUUUAUUCAGCUGGGAAAAACUGCGUCAAAAGAAUUUAUAGACAGAUGCGAUUUUCUGUCUUUCAAAGUUGUCAAAGCAUUGACAAUUAGAAUCCCUAAUUCGGAAUCGGAUAUGGAUCUUUUAAUUAAUCUUGAUGGACAGAUUUAUAAGUUAACAAAACCUGAAAUCAAUAUAAAGUUGAUUCCCAAUGCAAUUAAAAUGGUAUCAUCAUAUUCUAGAAUUACAAAACAAACGUCAAACAUUACUUCAACGGACACUGUACUGUGACCAAUGUAAUCAAAUUGAUGGUGUAUAUAGAAGAAUGGACACAGUACUGUGAUCAACAUAAUCAAAUUGAUGUUGUAGAUAGAAGAAUAUAUUUAUGUAGAAAUAAGUGAGAACUCGAUAAAUAUUUCGAAACUGUUGAUGAAGCUUCUUCCCGAAGAUUGACAUAUAAAACAUUGAUUAUAGUGUAGUAAAUACUCAUCAUUAAUACCACGACCAAAUUUAGUAUAUACGUCAGACGCGCGUUUUGUCUACAAAAGACUCAUCAGUGACGCUCGAAUCCAAAAAAAGUAAAAAAAGGCCAAAUAAAGUACGAAGUUGAAGAGCAUUGAGGACCAAAAUUCUGAAAAGUUUUGCCAAAUACUGCUAAGGUAAUCUAUGCCUGAGGUAGAAAAGGGUUAGUAUUUAAAAAAAAAAUGUGUAAUCAGUAAAUUUAUAAAUAUAACCAUAUCAAUGACAAUUCGUGUAAUAGUUUGUUGAAUAUCAAUGGGACAAUGAUGAUCAUGUUCGUUGUUUUAAAUGAGCCUGAAGCUGUCUGUUAGCAUUAUGCAAAAGGGAAAAUUGUAUAUUGAUGCAUAAUCCAAAAGUUUUGCGAGCAUUUAUCAAAAUUAAAAGUGAUGAACCUAUGUUUUUGUCUCACGUCAUAGCUAGGUUUCAAAUGCUGAGUUAAUUUCAAAACUCGAUUAUUUAUACAUGUUUAGAAUUUAGAAAGCCUUAAAGUUUUUCUAUCAUUUUUAUGUUGUUUUACAUUUAAA